AAAGGAAACUUUUUAGACGGAUACCGGGUUUGUGUUUGACGCAAUAGUUCGUCUUGCUGUUGGUAAUAUUAUUAUUAUUGUAUUAGAAUUGCAAGUAACUUAGCAGUUUUAUAUUUAUAAUUUCUAUAUUUUUGCGUAUUAUGAACUUGACAUUUUAAACGAUGAAUCGUUCAGAAUCUAAAGUAAAUGAUAUAAGUAAACAGAAUGGCAAUGAUUAUUUAAACGUGAUGAUAUUGCGUCUUCAAGAAAGUGCUAAGUUAGAACCAAUUAAAGUUGCAUGUACUGUAACACCUUUAGGUAAGCCUUGGUAUUUUGGUGAAGAGUUCCACGGAAAGCUGUCAAAGGAAGAAGAAAAAAAAAUUUUAGAAGGCAAAGUUGGGCGUUAUCUUGUACGAGAGUGUCUUUCUAAUUCUCGUUCACACGAGUAUACUUUGGCGUUCAACUUUAAUAAAAAUAUACACCAUAUGAAAUUAAUUUUCAAUCCUACUACAAAUAAAUUUAAGGUCGAAACUGGCAACAAGGAAUUUUCUAAUGUGUUGGAUCUUGUAACUGACAUCUUGGAAUUACUUAGUAACUUGAAUAAGAGUUCUAUAUCUGAUAAAAAAGAACCAUACUGUAAACCACAUUCUUUUAAAAUGGUUUCAUACAAAUAUCCCAGAUGGUGUGAUAAUUGUCAUCAAUUCUUAUGGGGAUUUUUCCACCAAGGUUUAAAGUGUGAAGAUUGUGACAUGAAUGUCCAUAAAACAUGUCAAGACAAUGCUUCAUUGCCAUGCUCUAAAGUUGUUGUUUCGAAUCGUAAAAUUUCGAUAUCACCCAAUUAUGACAAGAGUUCUGAAAAGAAUCCCAGAAAUGAAACUAUCGAUAUAAAAAGACCUUAUGUUAAUGACUGUAAAUACUUUGGCCAAUGCUCAAGGUUUUUGUCAGCAUUCAAUAUACGUGAUACUUUUGUAUCUUUAGAGAACAAGUUAACAAGAUGUUUUUGUGUUAAUUGUAUUGAAAAGGCAAAUUUAGGCUCCAAAGGAAAUGAAAAAUACAAACAAUUUUUAAACUGGACUAAGUUUCAACUUAAACAGCAAAAAGAGGGCUUAAAAAGUUGGGAAGUUGGAUAUUUCCCAAUUAAACCACAAUGUAUUUCUGAUAUGUUAUCAAGUUGUUAUAAUAACCAAGUUACAGAUAAUGAAUUUGAUCUUAUUGUUGCACCGUCACUUGCAAAUACUGUAAAAGACAUGGAAAAAGAGAAUUGGUCUUACCAGUUUCGAAACACUACAUCAGACACUUUUUUAUAUGCUCAAACUGUGAUGGAGGUUCUUCUUGCUCCUAAUUCAUUUCAAGCUGUGUUUUUAUCGACCACAUUUGAUAAUGAAAGUGAACAGCAUUGGAGGAUACAAGAUAAAAAAUCAGUUUUUCCUGUAUCUGUUUUGGUUAAAAUAUUUGAUAAAGAGUGUUUGUCUUAAACAUGUAUGAAGUAAUCCUACAGUUAAUGGCCUAAACUAAAUUUACUUUUGUGCUCUUGUUUGUGGAGAUUUUAAAAACACCUUAAAAUAUUUAUCUUAAUUAUUAUUAUAUAAAAUUUUUCUUUUUGUAAAUAAUUAUUAUUAUUAAUAUAAUAAAUGUGUAAAUUAUUAUUAUAAAUACUUAUUAUUAUUUAUUAUUACUUUACUAUCGAAAUGCAUUUCUAUGCUCUCCACUAAUUCUUAAUAGUAAAUAAAUAAAGUUUUUUUAGGCCACUCACCUGUAGCAUUACUUAUGAAGCUUGUAUACAAAGUACAUGUAAUUUAUUGUAAAUGGACUUUGAUUUAAUUGAUUUAAGUGUUUCUUACUUGUUAUAUAUGUAGUAAUAGUUUUCAUAUUUAUAUACAAAUGCAAUGUAAUAUGUGUGUUAUGUACAAUACAUACAAUGUAAUAUGUGUGUUAUGUACUAUACACAUAAAUGCAAUGUAAUAUGUGUAAUAUGUGUGUUUCUUACUUGUUAUAUAUGUAGUAAUAGUUUUCAUAUUUAUAUACAAAUGCAAUGUGUGUUAAAGAGUGUGCGGAAACUGUCAAAAUGAUUUGUCACAAAAAAAUCAAACAUAGUUUAUGUUAUAAAUUUCAUGACACUUUUUAGUUUAAAUUAAAAGCCUUAGUUAAAAUGAGUUUAGAAAUAAGUUAUUGAAUCUCUAUUUUAAUUAGAAAUAAGUUAUUGAAUCUCGAUUAUUGAAAUUGAAGUAUUUGACUAAGUUUGACUAAGUAAUUAGUCAAAUGUUUAAACUUUUUCACCGCCUAACCAAGAGUAAACAGGUUUUCAUUUAAAUGUAAUUUCUCCAAAUAUAACAUUUUAUACUGAUGGCUUUUUUACUUGUUACUAAUAUUAACAUUUUUUGUGAAGUAUUUUUUUAAGAAAGGAAGGGUAGAGGGAAAUUAAUCUUUAUUUAUUAAUUUUAUAAAUGUUCAAAUGAUCUCAAAAAUG